CGUUGACAACACACCUGGUCGAUGGCGGUGUGUUGUAGGCGACAGUCCCAGCACUUCUGCAGUUAAAGAAAUCACGUCGUAGAAAUUGGCGGGUUGGAGGAUACGGCUAUUCGCUAAAAUGUAAUGGAUUAGCGUCUUGUAAACUAUAAGUUACCACCAUGAAGUUGUCGGUUGCCAUAGUAACCAGACUGUCCAGCUGGGUGUGUCUAAACGCCCUACUGAUGUCUGGAGCCUGGGGAAGCGCCGUCUUGUACCUGAGAUCUGAAUCAACGGCCACGGCACCCACAGAGUAUUAUUUUUCCAGCAGUCUUUUCUUGGAAUUGUAUAACUGCAUGUCUUGUCAACGAUCCAAAGUCUGCUCCAUCAUCUAUGACGGAUCGAGUCGAGUGGUCCAGCAGAUAGUCAACUCAACCGGCACCCAAGCCAACUCGGGUCGAUACCUCUGCGAGAACUCCUACUCAUCCAACACCAUCGCAUGCAGCAGCUUAAGCUCCAGCUGCCAACGUUGCACGACCUUCAAGAUGAGUACAUGCUCAUGCGGCACCUGCUACUGCAUUGACAUCAUGUGGAUGAGCGACUACGAAAAUUUAGCCUUAGAUGACUACGCCUUUUGCGCGGGGACGCCGCCUUUGAACUUAUCAACUAUAACGACAUUCCAACCUCCAAUAACAGCGAACACUGGUAGGCCUACAUCUGUAAACGUUGAUGCUACGACGCAAACCCCAGAUACGAUACCGAAUUCCACGCCUUACCAAGCACCUUCAGAAUCGAAUACAAACAAGAGUGGAAUAUCCGAAUACCUGCCUAUUAUAAUCGGGGUAUCGGUUGGUGCUGUGGUUAUUGUGAUCAUCAUCACGGUGGUGAUUCUCGUGUGUCGAUGCCGAAAACAAAGAAACAAAGAAAAAACAAACAACGAUAAAAUUAAAAGAAAAAAGACCACGGAUUCGAAAAAAUCUAAAAAUAACAAAACAGGAAAUGACGUCAUUCGGCCUAAUUUAAGACCGGAUGUUCUCGAAUCCAUUCCGUCUGAAUACCCCUCAUCUGAGUAUUCCACGUCUGAGUACGCGACACCGUACGGACACAACAAAAAGGAAACUCCGAAAUCUGAAGAGAAUCACUACGAUGAAGACUGGACCUCAAGCGGGUUUACCCUGAGCCUGAUCCAGAAACUCAAGAGAGAGCCGGGGGAUUUCGCCUACAGCAACUCGCUGGCGGAUUCGGAGAAUUCUCUGGUGAUUCAGCCCCGCCCCAAGCCUACGGUGAGUCGGUCAGAUUCCAGCAAUUUCGCGCAGAUCCACAAGGCGGAGAGGUUGUCCAGAAACGUGCCAGUGUCGAACGAGUACGCCGAUACUCAGACAAUGUGGAAUCACCAGGGUUAUCAGAACUGGGCUGAGUCUCCGGCUGGUGUGGUUGAUAUGGGAACCAAUAUGGCGGACACGCAAACAAACAGGCCGUCUUUAGCAAUGAACAGAAUUGACCCACAAACAAAUAGGCCAGGCCUACCAACAAACCGGCAAGAUUUACAAACGAAUAGGCCAGGCCUACCAACAAACCGGUCAGACUUACAAACAAACAGGCCAGCAUUAGCAACCAAUAGACCAGACAUACAAACAAACAAACCUGCCUUGGCAACAACAAACAGGCCGACGCCAUCUUCCAACAAACCUAACCCUCCAACAAACUGGGCCAACCCACUCACACCCCCCAACAACAGGACGAACCCAACACCAAUGACAGCCUCACCCACCGGCAUCAACGACCCCUACCCAUCUACAAACUCGAGCAUACACUUCAUACGGACCCCACCCCCUGUGCCACCUAAGCCAAUGAAAACUGAGACCUACGUUUGAGUCUCGGAGACCGGUGACCAUUGUUUGAGACCUUUUUUAUACUAUCAUUGUACAUUAAUCACAGGUAAGAUUGCCGUGAAGGUAUUGUAUAUGGCCUUAUUGCUUGUGUUAUGAUCACAAUCGAGAUAUGUUACCAUUGUAUAAGACAUGAGUAUAUGAUCAUUGUACAUUAAUCACAGCUAAGAUUGCCGUGAAGGUAUUUUAUAUGACCUUAUUGCUUGUGUUAUGAUCACAAUGGUGAUAUGUGACCACUGUAUAAGACAUGAGUAUACGAUCAUUGUACAUUAAUCACAACACAUUGCCGUGAAACCGUUGUAUGUGAUUAUAUUGUAUGAUCAUUAUGAAGUAGGCAUAACAAGAGAAACAAUUGACCAAUUUAUCAGACUAUAUUAUACGAUCAUUGUAAAUUAAUGGGAGCAAAGAUUGGCUUGAAGGAAUUGUAUGUGAACAUAUUGUGGAAUAAUCACCAUGUAUGUGACCAUUGUGUAAGGCAUUAUUAUACGAUCAUUGUAAAUUUAUCACCGCCAAUAUUGACGUAACUCCAUUGUAUGCAUCCAUAUUGUAUUCUAAUUGUGGAAAAAAUCACAAUGGAUUUAUGUGACCAUUUUUUCAGGCCUUAUUAGAUCAUUGUAAAUUUAUCAUAUCAAAUAUUGACAUUCAACCAUUUUAUGUGAUUAUAUUGUAGCUUCAUUGUAAAGUAAUCAUAAAAAGAGAGAUAUGACACAAUCUUAUCAAAUCAACUUAAAAGAUCGUUGUAAAAUAAUCAAAACGAAAGUUAUUAGCUUUGUCAUUAAAUAGAUUUUUUUUACAUAAUUUUCUACAAUUAUUUUACAUUUUAAUAUAUUGAUUAUAUUUAAAAUAUUGAUUUUGUAGGACUGGUUUAAAAAAAAAAUAUCCAAACGUCUUUAAACCCGAAAUCUUUAAAAUCAGUAGCUAAUAAACCAGCAAUAAACUUUCAAAUUCAAUUAAACUUAUUCUAUUUACAUAUGUACCUGAUUAGUUUAAUGUGUUACAUUAAGUU